AUGAUAAGGAAUGGCUUCUCCAAAUACUUGGUGACCGCGAAGAAAACUCCGGAGAUGCUACACCUUCCGUCCGCCGUCUUCGUAUGGUUAUUGACGGGCACAACGAUAUCCAGCUUAAAUAAAUGGAUCUUUGCAGUGUACAACUUCAGGUACCCCCUGCUGCUGUCGGCGCUACAUAUGCUGGCCGCAAUUGUGGUGGACUAUGGGCUCCUCAAGUCGCAGGUUGUCCGGCGUAAAGGUGGUAGCGAUCAGGAUGUCCUGACUGUCAGCGCCAGGCUGAAAAUUUUCAUGCUCAGUUUGACCUUUUGCGCCAGCAUCGCGUUCGGGAACGUGGGUCUGAACUAUGUCCAGCUCUCCUUCGCUCAUAUGAUCUACUCCACCACGCCAAUCUUCACGUUGGCCAUCUCCACGCUGAUUCUGGGAGAACAACAUCACGUCGUCAAAUACACUGCAAUGAUGCCCAUCUGUCUGGGGGCAUCGUUCAGCGUCAUGGGGGAGGUACAGUACGACCACACCGGCUGCUUCUUUGUUUUCGCUGCGACCAUGCUGAGAGGAGUCAAGUCCAUUCAGCAAAGCAUCCUGCUCCAGGAGGAGAAGAUCAGCGCAGUCUUCCUUCUCUACCUGAUGGCCAUUCCCAGCUUCUGCAUCCUGGCAGUGGCGGCCCUGGUCCUGGAGAAUUGGGCCAGCCUGGACUCCCCGCUCCACUAUGACCGGCACCUCUGGGCCCUCAUCCUACUGAGCUGCCUGGGCUCGGUUAUGUACAACCUGUCCAGCAGCUGCAUCAUCACGCGCACCUCAGCCGUCACGCUCCACAUCCUGGGCAACCUGUCCGUGGUGGGCAACCUGCUGCUGUCACAGCUGCUCUUUGGCAGCCAGCUGUCGGCCCUCAGCUGUGUCGGCAUCGCCCUCACGCUCUCCGGCAUGCUCAUCUACCAGAACUCUGAGCUAAUUGCCAAGUAUAUGGACUCACGUUGGGCCCCACCUGUGCCAGGGAGAACAGAGAACUGUAGCACAGAGACUGACUGCUGUUCAGACUGCAGGACAGCAGAUGGAAAGAUGGACUGCAAGACAGACUGA